AUGUCUAAAAGUAUUAAGUCAUAUUGGGCAUCAAAAGAGCACUUCGGAGUCCGAGAGAAUUCAACAUCAAACAUCGAAGUACAACUCCAUUACCAGCGGCGUAUCGAGGGUGGCAGGGGGGCAUCAAACCCCGGGCGCCACUCACAAAAGGAUGCCAAAUGUAUCGAGCUCUUGAAGACCCUGGAUAAAGUGCUGAUACGAGAGAAGUCGGGGAGCUACGUGAACAACAAGUAUGUGGUGCUGACGACGGAGGGAGAGGUGAUCCUCUACGCGAAGGAGGAUUCCGGCUUCCUGAACAACGUGCUUGGGGGCAAGAGUAGGUCUUUUGAGAUCGACGUGUUUGAUACUAAUGACAAAGAGGUGAUAAAGAUUCGUCGUCCCUACACGGUGGCUCAAGAUAAGAUGGACGUGUCAGUAUGUGGGCAGGCGGCCGCGGUAGUGAGGAAGGAGGUCACCUUCUUCAAACCCGUGCUGACCAUCAACGACGCAAACGAUCGACUGGUGAUAAGGGUCAAAGGGCCGGUGUCUUUAUCUUCGGAGUGUAACUUUGAGCUGUACUCAAAGGACAAACAGCGUAUCGGCGACAUAAGUAAGAGGACGCGCGCGCCGGAUCGCGACAGGUUCGCGGCGCGCUUUCCCGCCGACCUCGACGUCCGCUACAAGGCCGCUGUUAUCAGCACUUGCUUUCUUAUUGAUUUUCUAUUUUAUGAAAACUGAUGACGAAUUGAAUAUGAAAAAUCAAGCUGUUUUAUUAUUAUGAAGAUGACGAGUAACUUAUUAGAAUUGUUUAAUUAAUUUU